AUGGUCAAUAAGAAACAACAACAAACAAACAAUAAUAACACUCAAGCAGCAGCUCAGCAACAACCUUUAACAUUCCAUAAUUUCUGUGUUCACAAAUUUGGUAUUGGAAGGGAAACUACAUCAAAUGGUGCCCUAAGAUUGAAAAGUUAUGGAGAUUGGGAAUUAACAAUUUACAUGAUUCCAAUUGGUGAAAGAUAUGGUGUCCAUUCACCUGAGGAUUUCAUUGCUAAAUUCCUUGAUGAAAAUACUGUGAGAGAUGAUGAAAGAAUGGAAUUUGACAGUUUGGAGUUGCUGAAAAUGUUAGAAAUGAUGCAUCAUGUUGAAUUGGAGGAAUUAAAACCUGCCAAAUCCAAGAUUAAAACAUUUGAAGGAUUACCUGUCAAGUUUGGAAAAUGUAUUAUGACCAGAAAUAGUGGAAACGAUCAGUGCUUUGUUUGCAUGAGUAAUGGAUACAUUUACUAUAUUUGCUACGGAAGUUCGUAG